AGCAGGUGUGCGUCCUGGUGGUUGCCAUUACCUUUUCCUUAGAGAUGGCUGUGCAGGUCCCCAGCCUCCUCCUCGCAGCAGCUGCGGUGCUGAUGGUGCUGAGCAGCCCGGGCACCGAGGGCAGAGACUCCCCAAGGGAUUUCGUGUACCAGGUCAGGGGCCUGUGCUACUACACCAACGGGACGCAGCGCAUGCGGGGUGUGGACAGAUACUACUACAACCGGGAGGAGUUCGUGCGCUACGACAGCGACGUGGGCGAGUUCCGCGCGGUGACCGAGCUGGGGCGGCCCACAGCCGAGUACUGGAACAGCCAGAAGGACUUCAUGGAGCAGAAGCGGGCCGAGAUGGAGACGGUGUGCAGACACAACUACGAGGUGCCGUUGGCCGUCACCUCCUUGCGGCGGCGUGAGCAGCCCAAGGUGACCGUCUCCCUGUCCAGGAAGGAGAUCCUCAACCACCACAACAGGCUGGUCUGCUCGGUGACAGAUUUCUACCCGGCCCAGAUCAAAGUGCGCUGGUUCCGGAAUGGCCAGGAGCAGACGGAGGGAGUUGAGUCCACACAGCUUAUUCAGAACGGGGACUGGACCUACCAGGUCCUGGUCAUGCUGGAGAUGACCCCUCAGCGGGGAGACGUCUACACCUGCCACGUGGAGCACCCCAGCCUGCAGAGCCCCGUCACUGUGGAGUGGAGCGCACAGUCUGAGUCUGCCCAGAGCAAGAUGCUGAGUGGCAUCGGGGGCUUUGUGCUGGGGCUCAUCUUCCUUGGGCUAGGCUUUUUCGUCCGUCACAGGAGCCAGAAAGGACCUCGAGGGCCUCCUCCAGCAGGGCUCCUACAGUGAUUCCUGGUGUUCUGGCUGAGUUGACUGUCACACUGUAGGGCCUGUCCCUGCCCUCAGUUCCCAUCUGCCCCAGCCUGCCUGUCCCUCUCUGAUUCAGAGUCUAGCACUGUGCCAGUGUGCUCAACAACUCUGCUCUUAUGAUCCCUGACUCCCCAAGCUCUGUCUUUGGCUCUGCUCCUGGGCUGAUUCCAGAGACCAUGUGUACUGCAGCACGAUCUGCUCAGACCCCCAAACCUUCUGUUUCCAUUGUCCCAUAGGACUGCUGAAGAGAUGCCCUGAAUACAUUUCCUUCUUUUCAUAAUUAAACAUAUUCUGAAUUAUAUGUAUCCUGAAUCUUUCUGAGCAGGAAUGGGUGGAAGUAGUGUGGACAAGGUGACCUGUUGGAGUACCCUGCACCUAAGGUUGCAGUCUACUGUGUCUGGACAGCUCUCUGGGCUUGGGGCAAAAUGAGGGAGAACCCUCUUUCCAGUAGGACUCCCUCCCUACCUGGAUAGUGCCUGACCUUAUCUGGAAGCUGUCCUUAAGCGUGGAUGCCCGACCCACCUCAAGCGUGACCUUUGACACACAUCCCUGGAGAUGCUUUCCCCCUGCUGUCAUAUAAUAACUAGGUUUUGUGCUCCAGCUGUAUGGUAGGACCAUGCUGCCAAACACAAAUUAGAUGAUGCCCAAAUGAUGGUCCCAUGUUGUGUAUCUC